AAAAUGUAAUGAAUGCCUUAAAACUACCAAAGAACAAUGCCACGAGACAGUCGUCUAUCAGUCCAGUUGAAUCCUAUGCUCUUCUCGGAGGCGUUACGAUUGUUCAAUUGUCCGUUAAGUGCCGAACAGACAUGGUCGAUUGCAUACAGCGUUGGCCUGGCUAUCAAGUCCCAGGGAACACAGAAUAUAACAAUUGAGCCAGAUUAUGUAUAUUUUGAACCUUGUGGAUCGAUUUCAUUCAAAAAAACUGACAAAGAAACUAAUAUAAAUGAGCUUCUACACGGCCUGGGUAAACUUCUAUUCCACGCGUUGGAUUACAAUCUACCGGUUGACGAAGAGAGAGGAGAUCUACCAGAGUUACUAGAAGACUUCCUCGAUCGAUUGCUGGAGAAUGAGGAUAUAAACCCCGAAGCUGGGGACUAUAACGUCGCAGUAAGCGACGACGAAGAUUUGGCACCAGACGAAGGUUUUUCCGCCGGACCAGAAGAUAUUUUGCGCCCUGGUGAUGAUCAGGGACCGAUUAGGUCAUUUUCACAAGUCAUUCGGGUCUGUUACGCGGCUGCCGUGACUUCUAAAUGUAGAAAGAGUGUCUCAUUCGAAAGUGCUCACAACCACUACAUCAAAGUGUGCCAAGCAAUAUACCAAGAAGCAUCGGAUUUGUGUGUCUUUUUAGACAAAGUUGAAGCUGCACAGCAGGCUUUGCAAUCCUUGAAGGGGUUGCAAUCAGGAGAUGACAGGUGCAGAAACAGUAGCGAGUUCAAAGAGCGAGAUUUGGAAGAUCUAAGAUCAACAGAAUGGGCGCGUCUUUGGAUGCAAGUGAUGAGACAAUUGAGAACAGGUGUGACCCUGAAGAAGUCAGAAGAGAGGAAUUACACGCCACACGAGAUAGUCUACGAGAUGACUCCCUACGAGGUGUUGAUGGAAGAUAUCAGAUGCAAGCGAUAUAACCUCAAGAAAACGACUCAAAACAAUAUUUCUCCCAAGUUGAGGAAAGAUGCUCACGAGAUCAUUCUGGAUUUCAUACGAAGCCGUCCAAUUCUUAAACCGGUUCGAAAUCGCAUCACAAGUUCCGGCAGUUGGACUUCAGACAGUAGUAUGAAGUGGUAUAACGCCAACGCCACUGAGAUUCUGACGGCACGUGACACGAUGUUGAAUAUGAUCAGGAACAGACCGAACCUGAGACACAUCCAGACCCCAAACUACAACAGAGGACUACAGCUAGGACGAGUUGUGGAUAUAAUGAAGGAUGGAGUGAAAAGGUACGAAGGACCCCGACUGUUAAUCCGACCGUCGUCUAUUAUGAAUCUGGACAUUGAAGAUGUCUCGUGCACUGAAGACGAAGGUGCCGACCAAGAAGAUGCAGUCUUUUCAGACAAAAAUUUAUCGCCUGUCGGCAAACACCAAUUCUCAGAUGCCAAACCACCACUGGAGAGAAAUAGCAAGAAAUCGGCAACACUGACCAUGACAAAGUCUAAAGAAGAAGACUACAUGGCGGAGUACUUCAAAGAUCCCUCUUUGAUUCCGGAUUCAAACGAAGGCAUGGACAGUUUCUGUACUAUAGACGCCGAAAUGUACGCUUCGACUGAUUCGGGAGAUGACGAACGAGAUGAGACUCCGACUCCCCAAGCGAGUUCCCUGGAAGAUAUUGUGAAAGAGUUCUCGUCCCAGACCGGACUCCAAAACCUUAACAGCUUCAAGUCGAAUAUGGACAGAAGCUGUGAUGAUCUUAUUUUCGGUACUUCAAUAGCUAACGAUAUGUGCAAUAGCAGUAGAAAUGGAAAUGGAAAUGUGGAGAAAAAGAGAAACAGUCGGCUGAGUGUCGGAAGCUUCCCUGAGCAGUUCCAACUCAAAACUAAGUCCCAAUUGUCAGCCUCGAUGGGAUUCAAGCGUAACCAACUGUCAACCGCCGGCGCCACCGACUGUCACGGAGGCCAUCGCAGAGACAGAAGUGUCGGAGUGCCCAGGGGUCUGCAGGGUGGAGGAGGAGGGGGGAGUGGGGUGUCACGUAUGGGAUGGGGGGCGUAUGGGGGCAGUGGCAGGUUCAAAGGGGGUGGACGUGGGAGCGAGAACUCUGUUGUGGAGUGUAAGAUGUGCAAUGAGGGCGUGGACGGAAGAGAUUUCCUCAACCUCACUGUAGACGAAAUGAUGCACAUCAGACAGGUGCUCACAAAGGCUGAACUAGACAACCUUAAUCUAGCGAAAGACCUGUUAGCCGAUGUACGGUCAGAGUGUGUGUGUUUCCUCUGUAAAACAACUCGCUUUAAUAUGUUCAAGAAAAAGUUCAACUGUAAGUUCUGCGACAAGUCUGUCUGCAAAUCUUGUUGUCGUUCUAUCCAGAUGCCUAAUACAAGUCUACUCAAAGUUCCCAUUACUAUUCUCAGUCCAACUCCGUCUAAGAUUAUAGUUAGUAGUAGUGCUAGUACGAAUAAGAGCCGAGACGACAAGGAGAGAAAAGAAAACAACGACAAGUGCCUUACGAAUGCAAACAAUCGCAAACACAGUCAGCGAGAAACGUCUAAAUGGGCCGCGCGAAGGUCUUCGCUGGUGGGAACUGCAGCUAGUACUACUAAUGGCGCCGAAAGUAGGAAAAAGUCACGUGCUUCGGAUCUGCCACUGGUCGACAAUGACAGUACAGAAGACGAAGACGAAAACCACUUGAGGUACCUUAGCAGUUCGGAGAGCAGUCCCUCUUCCAGUGGAGAUGAGACAUGCUCUGCGGGAAGCGACGCCGAGGAGAGCAUAGUUGCAGCCAACGCCAGAGUGCGCCAUAGUGGGGGCACUCCUGGAUCAACAUCACCUCUCCCACCAGCCUCCAAUCUCUCUAAGAUCUCAGAAGGUAGUGGGAAGUCAAAUUUGAAACAAACCUCUUCAGCCAAACCAAUAGUUACAAACAAAGCACAUGUAAUUGUAUCAUCGUCGCCUCAGUCGUCUAAGAAAAACAACCAGGGACAGACCCCGGCUCCGAACGGGAAGCCACCGAUGUUUUCCUCGGAUGCAACGCCCACAAAUUAUAAUAGUCAGUCUACAGGGCAAAAGAGUGACACUGGGUUUAGAAGAGCAAGCACGGCUUAUCCUCGAAUGCAGCAGAGCGCGGCAGACUCGGUUCCGAACAGUUCUUUUCACGGAAAUAUGUUAGAACAGACCAGGUCUCAGAAUAAAAACAGCACCAACACACUGGCCGCUUAUGGCAUCAAUGCAACUCCGGCAUCAAAAGCAUCUACUAAACCGAAGACGCAAGUUUGCAAGUCCUGUCACCAGUUUCUAAAACACGUUCUCCACACAAAUACAUGUGCUAACUAUUUCUCAACUGCCCGAUCAUGAGCUCGAUUUCUGUGCACGUAAUGGACUGACUUGCGCAUUGAUUUGGUUGAUUAGGAUUUUACAGAAGUGUCAGCGUACAGCUCAUGUUCGUGUGGUUGUUCGAAUUAGAGUUUAUACGCUAACCGACCAGGAAACAAAUUGGGUUAAAAAAAGCUUCAUAUUCUUUUUAGGAUACAGAUUUAAAAGCUUUUUUAUACGCUUAAAAUAUCGGUCUCGUAAAUAUGGAGACAAUAUGCAAAACACUCAAAUCAAAUAUGGCGAGUUGCAAUUAUUGU